GGUUGCUCAGAAUUGACGUCACAUCCGGAGCCCUGUAGAACGGAUACCAUACAACGUGCUGCAAUGUUGUAUGUAUUGUCCGGCGAAUGAGUUGAAGUUGGUCCAGCCCGAGGUUCUCUGGUUACCAAGGGGGGAGAUAUGAUAGCAUGCAGCCGGGGCCGGCGAAGGAGAAGAGACGAAGAGCUGGAUGGGAGUGAGGAGAGCCCGGAGCUCCGGCCAGAGAGACGGCCGGGGGAUGUGCAGGAGGACGAGGAGCUGGAGAUCAGUGUGUACACUAAGAGGAGGCAGAGUCCGGAGGUGGAGGAGAGGCUGGAGAAGGAGCACUUCUGGAAGAUCAUCAACGCCUUCUCCUGGUAUAGAACGCACAUCUACGAACGUGUGACCCGAGCAGAGAAUCAAUUCAAGUGUCUUCCUAAUUAUCAACAAAAAUUGAUCCCACAUUUCCUCUCUAACAUGGAUAGACUGCGCAGAUGUGCAGAUCAGAAUCAGGAGAUCUUGCAGAUGAUUGUGAAUGACUGCACGCGCAUGUUUGAGAACAAGGAGUACGAUAGUAAUAGUGUCAGAAAACUGAGUCCUGCAUCCAGCUUCGAUAUGGACAAGCUAAAGUCCACAAUAAAGCAGUUUGUACGUGAUUGGAGUGAAGAGGGCAAGGUGGAAAGAGAUGCAUGUUAUCAGCCUAUUGUUGAAGAGAUUUUAAAGUAUUUUCCCAAAGAGAAAUGUGAUGUGUCCCAAAUUAACAUCUUAGUGCCUGGUGCAGGACUUGGAAGACUGGCUUGGGAAAUCGCAAAACACGGUUAUGCGUGCCAAGGAAAUGAAUGGAGCUUUUUCAUGCUUUUCUCUUCCAACUUUGUAUUAAAUAGAUGUUCACACGUUAAUACUUUUAAACUUUAUCCUUGGAUUCAUCAGUUUAGCAACAACGUGAGAUCGGCAGAUCAAGUAAGACCCGUUUACUUUCCUGAUGUCAAUCCUCAUGACCUCCCAACAAAUUCAAAUUUUUCCAUGACUGCAGGAGACUUCCAGGAAAUAUAUUCAGAUCACAAUUCGUGGGAUUGCAUAGCAACAUGUUUUUUUAUAGACACUGCUCACAAUGUUCUGGACUAUAUAGAGACGAUCUGGAAAAUACUCAAGCCAGGUGGCCUAUGGAUUAAUUUAGGACCUCUUCUGUAUCACUAUGAAAACAUGGCAAAUGAACUCUCUAUAGAACUGAGUUAUGAAGAUAUCAAAAAUGUUAUGUUGCAGCAUGGAUUCUAUUUUGAGACUGAAAAGGAAUCCAUGGCUACAACAUACACUGUAAAUAAGUUAUCAAUGAUGAAAUACUGCUAUGACUGUAUGUUUUUUGUGGCUCGGAAACCAUAGAAGUGGCUAAUUUUCAAUGUUUGCAUACUGCACAGAAGAGAUUUCAAAGACUUGGAUUGGGACUACUAAACAGACAUAAAACUUGAAUCUUUGUGCCUUUUUUCCUGUACGCAGUGACUUUAAAGUCAAGCAAUUGAAUUCCAGGCAUACCGUUGUGUCAACACUACAGAGGGUCCGGCCUAUUUGUCCUCAUUUAUAAAAUGUUGUUUUUAAACUAGCAUUCCUUUUUUUGUCUUAUUUUUCUGGCAGUGAAAGUUUUAAAAAGGUCCUCUUACCAUGCAGGGAUGUAUGAUAGUGUGUGUUUGCAUUGGCAACGUCCAGUGUAAGGUAAUAAGCAGUCCAAAGGCAAUAUUUUAAUGAGUUUCCUUUGUUUUUAGCAUGAAAACUGAGAAACCUCUUCAGCCGGCAGGAAGUUUUCAGCUGCAAGGUUUCCCCAUCUUAGUCGGGCUCCUGUCCAUUCAGUUGCUGAAAGACAUCAGGCUUUGUUUAUGAAAGUAACUGGAGUAAAAAGUGCAAGAGAUGACCCUAAAGUUACCAGUCGGUUGUUCCUGUUUUGUUCUGUAAUGCAGUGAUAUUUUUUCUUUCUCAUAAAAAAAAUGAAGGCCAUAUCAGACAAUACUUCCCAUAGAAGCAGUGAUAAAUUAACCUUUCAAUGCAGGAGUUUCAAAGCCUAAAAAAGCCAAAAAACGUCAUUAGGUUACACCUAGUUCCAACCACCUGCUGCUGAGAAUUGCUGCCCUACUGAGUGUAGUUUUGCACCUUUUGUAACUAGCAGGUUUAUUGUAUUUCCAGGGCAUUGUUACUUUCCAUAAGGUAACCUUUCAUAUAAUUAUAUGUUAACAGUAUGAUAUGAGGGGUGAGAAUGACCCCAACAGAUGGCAGUCUGACAAUAAUGUUUGGAAAGCUCAGCAGUCUAGGUCGGCCAAAACACCUUUUAAUUCCUGCUGCCAACUUAGCAAAGUAUGUGGUGGUAAUCUACAGCCUAUGCUGAAAUCAUAGUGUUUUUGUGUGUAUGAUGGUCAAACCUAAUGUAUGUUGGUCGCUUUACCAGAUGCUGGACAGAAACCCAAUGCAUACUGAAUAUCAUGACUUUUACUUGGUGUAUGUAUUGUAUGUAUGGCCCUGUAAAAAUGAAGAUGCUCUUUUAUUAUUGUUAACUUUAGUAUUUAUUAUAAAUAAGCAUACAAUGGUUCAAAUCUUGCGGGAGCCCCAAAAAAGCCUAUGUUCAAUAUAGGCGAAUUAAUCGGCAAGGCAAAAAAUAUUUGUUUCUUUUUAAGUUGUGAAUAAGCAAAUGUAUCACAUUUCAAAUGUUUUCAUUAUAAAAUAAUGAAUAUUAUUCUUUAUUUUUUUUAUUUUUUUUUUGUGUCAAAAAGUGUCUUCUCUUAAUUGGCUAAAACCAUACGCCACCCUCCCCUUUUUUUUCUCUCUAUUCUUAUUUAUUUUCCCUUUUUUUUUUUUUUUUUUUUUUUUUUUUUUGGCUUAAAAAUCUGAUAUACACAAGUUGUUGUGCUUUUUUUUUUUUGCCCAAAACUAAUGGGAUCCCCUUUUGGAUCAUUGCAUAUUUUUCUUAUAACAUGAAUACAGUGUUUUUAAAAACAUCUUGUAAGACAGUUAUAUAACUGAGCUGGAUACUCUGAUCUCACAAAUGUUUUAUUCUUGAUUUGAAAUUUUUAAUAAAAGUCAAUGACAA